AUGUCUUCCCAAAACCACACUAUAGUGAUGGAAUUCGCACUCUUGGGACUCACAAACAACCCAGUACUAGAGAAGAUCCUGUUUGGAAUAUUUCUGGUGAUCUACCUAAUCACGCUGGCAGGGAAUCUGUGCAUGAUCAUACUGAUCAGGACGAAUUCCCACCUCCAAACACCCAUGUACUUCUUCCUUAGCCACCUCUCCUUUGUAGACAUUUGUUAUUCCUCCAACAUUACUCCAAACAUGCUGUACAAUUUCCUCUCAGACCAGAAGACCAUCUCCUAUGCUGGAUGCUUCACACAGUGUCUUCUCUUCAUUGCCCUGGUGAUCACUGAGUUCUAUAUCCUUGCUUCGAUGGCAUUGGAUCGCUAUGUAGCCAUUUGCAACCCUUUACAUUACAGUACCAUAAUGUCCAAGAACAUUUGUAUCUCUCUAGUCACAGUCCAUUAUACUUAUGGCUUCCUCAAUGGACUCUCUGAGACACUGCUGACUUUUCACUUAUCUUUCUGUGGCUCCCUUGAAAUCAAUCAUUUCUACUGUGCUGAUCCUCCUCUUAUAAUGUUGACCUGCUCUGACACUUAUGUCAAAAAGAUGGCAAUGUUUAUAGUUGCUGGUUUUACUCUCUCAAGCUCCCUCUUCAUCAUUGUCAUGUCCUACCUUUUCAUUAUUGUAGCCAUCUUGAGGAUCCGUUCUCCUGAAGGCAAGCACAAAGCCUUUUCUACUUGUGGUUCCCAUCUGACAAUAGUCACUAUAUUUUACGGAACCCUCUUCUUCAUGUACUUAAGGACUCCAUCUAAGAAGUCUGUAGAGGAUUCCAAAAUAAUUGCAGUCUUUUAUACUUUUUUGAGCCCAAUGCUGAACCCAGUGAUCUACAGUCUAAAGAACAAGGAUGUGAUCCAGGCCGUGCAGCAAAUGAUUAAGGUAAAUCUCUUUCAUAAAAUUACCGUUUAA